AUGUGCUACUAUGGCAGCUACUAUGGAGGCCUGGGCUACGGCUAUGGAGGCCUAGGCAAUGGCUUUUGUUGUGGCUAUGGCUGUGGCUAUGGUGGCUAUGGUUAUGGCUGUUGCCGCCCACUGUGUUGUAGAAGGUACUGGUCGUAUGGCUUCUACUGA